CCGGAAAAUACCUGAACAGUUUUUCGGCUCUAAAGCCAUUUUUGAGUCACUCUACAUUUAUGCGGAAAAUAAUCAUUACGAAACGUUCACCAUGAAUGAAGCAGCCAUCAGUUCAGUAAAUCAUCAAAUCAAAUUUCACAUGACAGUACCAAACAUCAUCAAACUCAACGAAUGCAAUUCACCAGAAUUCUUAGUUGGAGAGAUUCCCUGGAUCAUUAAAGUUCAGAAAAGAGAUGAUGAAGAUGGUGACGACCCAUCCCUCGACAUUCAUUUGAUAUGCGUUCAAAGUGUUGAUGUAUUGGCAUGGGAAUACGCCGCAUAUUUUUCCUAUAAAUUGUUAAGUUUCGACGACAAUCAAAAUGAAGAUGAGGAUUACUCGCUUCCGAGCGUUCAUAGUAUUAACAAUAAAAGUUAUGUCUACUCUAACUUUGUCGAUUGGGAUGAUUUAUUCGAUGCUGCGAACAACUAUGUGAAAGACGGCAAAAUUUGUUUAGAAAUCAAGGUUCACACUACAGGUGUAAAUCAAUUGAACGGAAGCAAAAUAACAAUCGAAAGUUCGAAACAAUGUUGCGAGAACAGCGGUUCAGCCACAUUUCUAUUGAAAGUUACCAACAUAAACAAUUUGAUGGCCGUCCAAACUCCAGACAUCCUUUUACAAGGUACCACUUGGUUCCUCACGGUUUUCAAAGAUCAUGAAUCGUAUCUAGGUGUUGGUUUGGACCCUGGAUCUUCCGAUGACGAUACAACGUACUACAUAAAAAUGACGUCGACACUGAUUGAUUCGAAAAUGAGAAAUCGAUUUGCCAAGACUUGUGAUGCAAAGAACUUUCAGUACAAUGAUUUCGUCUGCUCGAUACUUAACGAAAAGCAAGUAUCGUGGGUCGAGCUGUUCAAACCGCAAAACGGUUUUAUUACGAACAAUUCAGUUAUGUUACAAGUCGACAUCAAAAUGAGCAAAGCUGACGAAUCGGAAUCCGCGGCUAUGUACCAAGCACCGAAUCCCCAACUGAUUGGCUGUGCAAUUUGUUUGGAAACAUUUGGUGAUCAAGAUGUGUCGUGUCCACCGUGCGGUCAUUUAUUUUGCGCGGAUUGUAUCAAAACAGCCGCUCUCAGUAGAAAUUCUUGUCCAACAUGCAAUGGUUCGGUCACUUUAAGCAAUUUACGCCGCGUAUUUCUAUCAACCGUGAAUUGACUGGUAUGGAUUGGCACUCAAGCCAAAUUUAAAGACUCUUCUAGGAAUUGCAGACAAUUAAUUCCCGAAUUUGUUGAUUUUUAUAACGAAAUUCGUAAUUCGUGAAUACGUUCAUAGUAGAACAAAUCAGAUUGGUAUUCAGAUUGAAAUAAACAAUUUUACCCAAC